GAGGAAAACUGAGGCACCAAAAGGGCGAAUACCUUGCCCACAAUCCCACUUCUAGGUGAGCAGCAAAGCCAGGGAUUAGGAUGCAAGUGUGCUGAUUACAAGUCCAGAGCUCUUUCCACUAGACUGCAACUGCCUUUUUCAAAGGUUCUUGGAAGUAUUUCAUAACCAACUCCCAUAAAGGCCUGUCUGACAAAGGAAGAAAUGAAGCUCCCUCGAAGGGAAUUCAGGCUGUCAGCGCAAGCAGGAGAUGACCUAGAGUGAAGAAGAAGGCCUUCAUCAUUCCCUGUUACACACUGAUGUCCAGCUCUGGCCUCCAUUGGCAGAGCGUGGGCCCCCGUGAAGCCCAUUGCCUUAGAGCUCAUCGAGUCCCAGCCCCAGACCAGGAGCUCCUUAAGGUGCCACCCAGGUCCAUGCUUCAUCUCUCCUCCAGGACAGGGCCCAGUUCAUCUCCAUCUCCUACCCUUCUGACCAGAAGCACCCUACCUGGCCACAGAACCAUGCCAGCACCCAGCCUGCCACCUUUCCCGGUGCUGAGGACCGGGAUCCAUGUCCUGUUCCAGAUCCUGACCUUGAUGCUGGGAGCUAUCCAGGGCCCUUCUCCCGAGGAGCCUCAGCCUCUCGCAGUGGCACCACGGGAUUACUUAAAGCAGUACCCAGUGUUCACAGGCAGUGGUCCGAGCCGCUUCCCUCCAGCCUCUAGCACCGAAGGGCUCAACAUUCAGCGUAUGCUUCGGGUCAACAGGACCCUGUUCAUUGGAGACAGGGAUAACCUGUACCGAGUAGAGCUGGAGCCACCCACGGCCAGUGAACUGCGCUACCAUCGGAAACUGACCUGGCAAUCAAAUCCAAAUGACAUCAACAUCUGUCGGAUGAAGGGGAAGCAGGAGGGCGAGUGCCGUAACUUUGUGAAGGUGCUGUUGGUUCGAGAUGAUAACACCCUCUUCGUGUGUGGGUCCAAUGCAUUCAACCCAAUUUGUGCCAACUAUAGUAUGGAUACCCUAGAGCCUAUGGGAGACAAUAUCAGUGGCAUGGCCCGGUGCCCCUAUGACCCCAAGCACGCCAAUGUUGCCCUCUUCUCUGGUGGGAUGCUUUUCACAGCGACAGUCACUGACUUCCUGGCCAUUGAUGCUGUCAUCUACCGAAGUCUGGGUGACAGCCCCACACUCCGCACCGUCAAGCAUGAUUCCAAGUGGUUCAAAGAGCCUUAUUUUGUCCAUGCUGUGGAGUGGGGGAGUCACGUGUAUUUCUUUUUUCGAGAGAUUGCCAUGGAGUUCAACUACCUGGAGAAGGUGGUGGUGUCUCGUGUGGGCCGUGUGUGCAAGAAUGAUGUGGGCGGCUCCCCUCGGGUAUUGGAGAAGCAGUGGACGUCCUUCCUGAAGGCUCGACUCAACUGCUCUGUGCCCGGAGACUCCCACUUCUAUUUCAACGUCCUCCAAGCUGCCACUGGCAUCCUCAACUUGGGAGGCCGCCCUGUAAUCCUGGCCCUCUUCUCUACUCCCAGCAACAGUAUCCCCGGCUCAGCCGUCUGCGCCUUCGACAUGGGCCAGGUGGCCUCUGUCUUUGAAGGCCGCUUUCGGGAACAGAAGUCACCGGAGUCCAUCUGGACCCCAGUGCCUGAAGAACUGGUACCCAAGCCUCGGCCUGGGCUCUGUGCAUCCCCUGGAAUGCCCUACAACGCGUCCAGUGCCUUCCCUGACGAGAUCCUCAACUUUGUCAAGACUCACCCACUUAUGGAUGAGGCAGUCCCUUCCCUGGGUCACGCCCCCUGGAUUGUGCGCACCCUUGCCCGGCACCAGCUGACCCGGGUGGCUGUGGACACCAGUGCAGGACCCUGGGGGAACCAGACCGUUGUGUUCCUGGGUUCUGACACGGGCACUGUGCUGAAGUUCCUAAUCCGACCCAGUAGCAGCGCCCGGGGGCCCACUGAGCAGAGCGUCUUUCUGGAGGAGUUUGAGACCUACCGACCCGACAGGUGCGGGCGUGGCCCUGAGGAGAGCCGGAGGCUUCUGAGCCUGGAGAUUGACCCCACAGCUGGUGCCCUGCUGGUGGCCUUCCCUCGGUGCGUGGUCCGUGUGCCUGUGGCCCGCUGUCAGCAGCACUCAGGUUGCAUGAAGAACUGCAUAGGCAGCCAGGAUCCCUACUGUGGCUGGACACCUGAUGGCUCCUGCAUCUUCCUGGCCCCAGGCACCAGGGCUACCUUUGACCAGGAUAUCUCUGGAGCCAGCACAUCUGGCUUAGGGGACUGUACUGGUCUCCUUCGGGAAAGCUUCAUGGAGGAGCGGGCUGGCCUCGUGUCUGUGAACCUGCUGGUCACUUCUUCAGUGGCUGCCUUUGUCAUUGGGGCCGUGGUCUCAGGCUUCAGUGUCUGCUGGUUCGUGGGGCACCGAGACCGGCGGGAGUUGGCCCGCCGCAAGGACAAGGAGGCGAUCCUGGCCCAUGGUGGGGAGGGCCAGGUGGUGAGCGUGAGCCGCCUGGGUGAGCGGCGUGGGGGGCCCGGGCCUCGGGCUGGGCCCCCUGAGACCCUGCUGGCCCCCCUCAUGCAGAAUGGUUGGCCCCAAGCAGCCUUGCUGCAGGCUGGCCAGCACGAACUUGCCUCAGGCCUCCUGCCCACCCCAGAGCAGACCCCGCUGCAGCAGAAGCGCUGCCCCAGCGGACUGCAGCGGCGUGGCUGGGAGCAGAGUCAAGGAGUCCUCCACACUGUCCUCCGGGAGCCCUCUGGAAAUGCCCCGUCCCUUGGUGCUGCCUCCUCCUCUUCCUCUUCCAUCAUCCUGCUGCACCCUGGUGGUGGCGGGCAUGGGCCAGACCCAGAGGCAGGUGGCGAUGUGCGUUUCCUGCCCUCAGCAAUGGCCGGGGGCCGGGACCAAGUGGGUGGGAUGGCCCCUUCCCAAGCCAGGCCGGGCCGGGCCUCUUACGUCGAAUUUCCUAUCACACCCCAUGCCAGCCCUGAUCGGCGGCGGGUAGUUUCAGCACCUACGGGCCACCUGGACCCAGCCACUGACAGCCUCUCCCGGCCCUGGAGCCCCCCUACGGGGAGCCUGACAAGGAGCGGGCCAGCUGCCCCGGCGCUGCGGCGUACUCACACCUUCAACAGUGGCAGCGGCAGCGGUGAAGGCCGCCCAGGGGAGCCCCACCACAGCCGCCGCCCCCGCCCACUCACAGACUUUGCCCGCUUGCUCCCCUACGGGCCUGAGAGGACUGCACCCCCUGUGCAGUAAAGAGUUGGGGGACACAGCCCAUCGAUGCCCCUCAGUAUCCUCCUGGCCUCCACUUCCCUGGCAAGGGGACCCAGGCACAGUGCCCGCCAGCUCGGGCACAGGAAAAGCUGGCCAGGCCAAAGAAGGCCCCCAGGCCCUCAUUAAAGCAACAGCCAGCCCUGGUCCUCCUCAGAGCAGGGCGCUCAUGGGGAGUUGGGGUUCCUUCUCACGCCGGCCCUCUGCGUCACCCCCAGGGAGCCACACAAGAAGCACAAGAGCGUUGAUCCCUUCCCUUGGGGGUUGGAAGAAGCUGUGCUGGUCUGGGGUAGGAAGGAUUUGGAGUCAGAGGAUGGGGGUUCGAAUCCCCGCUCUGCCUCUGACGAGCUUUGUGACUGUGGGCAAGUCAUCUAACCUCUUUGGGCCUAAGGGUCCUUGUCUGUAAAAUGAGGGACUAGAUUGAACUAGGUGGUGUCUUAAGGUCCCUUCCAGCUCUCAAUCCUAUGAUCCCUAUGAUUGGAGACUGGCCUAUAAUUUCUUAUUUGCCAUUCUCCUGAUUGUUUUUCUUUUUCUUUUCUUUUUCUUUUUAAUGAAUUGCACAAUCUCGGGCUCAGUGGGACAGGCCAAGGAAUUGCCCCCUGUCAAGGGGCUGUGGCCUGGACAGAGCCUCCCCUCCCUUGCUCCUGGAUAUUCCUCCCCCACCAGGUGUCCCCUUUGGCCAGGGGUCCUAUGAGUUGGGUGUGCAUGUGCGUGUGCGUGUGCGUGUGCGUGUGUGUGUGUGUGUGUGUGUGUACGUGUGUGGGGGUUGCUGGGUAGGUAUAUGUGUGUGUGAGUGUGUGCAUGCCCGUGUCCAUUUUGGAGGGAGGGGACAGUGAGAGAGGGCAUGUCUGUCGACCGGGGCUGUGCUGCUGGUUUGUUGUGAUCGUGAGUCUGUCUCAGAUGAGGGGGCAUAGAUACAAGCUGGUGGGAGCCAUCUGUGUGAUGAGCUGGCUGGGGACAGAGCCUGAGGAAGCAUGUAGCUAUCUACAGGAAGUCGAUGUUUAACAUGGCUCAGACGGGCAAGGGAUCCCACCCCAUCAGGGAUGAGGGUGGUGUGUCUGCCAGCACCGGGAGGAGCUUGGGUCUUCACCUGUCUGAUUGCAGCCCAGCCGCCUCCUCCUCCCCUCAUCCCUCACUCUGGGCCCCAGAAACUGUAGCCACCACUGUCUAAAGGGCUCUGGUUUGGUGUGGCUCAGGGGAGGGGGCUCUGGGGGUCAGGGCCAGUAGCCAUGUGCCCCUGUAAAUAGGGCCCCAGGGUGGGGAGAGGGGUCCCCAACACCUCCCAUCCUCUCGUGACCUGUGACCUUCCACCUUUGACCUGCAGGUCAUGCAUGCAACAGCUGUGCUCUGUAUUAACUCUGGAAUUAGCCCUCUCCCCCCCACCCCCAAAUAAAACUCUGUUUACAACA